AUGGCGGACAAAUUUCCUCAUCACACGGCUGCCGAGCAGCACAGCUUGUCACAUACGCAGUUCAAGAACCUAGAGCACAAAUAUGACAGUCUGAACUAUCUCGGUAUCAUGACAAGCGUUGGUUGUCGAGAAAUGCCCCUGGGUGGGACACGCCUCUCGUCAUUCGGCUCACUUGAGCCGUUUGACCCCUCGGAGUCGGCCUCGGUGGAAAAGUUCAGGAUGCGCGGCGAAGACGUGCUCAACCUGCGUUGGCAGCUUGACCCUGGCUAUGUCUGGAGCAUUACCUCUGGAGACCUUGCCAUCGCUAAGUCUAUGGGUCUCGAGGCUGGCAAAGACUGA